ACCCAGCGAGAGAGAGACAGACAGAUAAACUGGAGACGUGGGGAGGCCAGUUCUUGCUUGUGUUAUUUAGCUCCACGCGUGAGAGAGGACCAGAAACAUACCUGGAUUCUUCUCUUCGCUUUACCUGCUUGCACGGUAACUUUUUUUUAAUCCUUAGAUAGAGAAUGAGUAGUCCAGAUGUAGGCUACAUGAGCGACGAUCAGACAAACCUUCACCACCACCCGCUCCAUCACCUGCAAACGCACCAACACCACCACCAGCAGCGCCAACGACAGCAUCACCUGCUGCACUUGCAGCAGCAGACCCCGCUCGUGUCCUCGGCUGCUCUGUGGCCGGGUGGCGCGGCCCCCCGCGCGGCGCCGAGUCCCGUCCAGGUGGGCCCGGGUUCGAGUCCAGGUACUGGCCCGCGGGGCGUUCAGGCUGUCACGGAGGUUGCGAAGAGGACGCAGGAGGGAGGCGGCGGUGCCAGUGGCGGCAGCAGCAGCAGCAAGACGCAGCAACAAGGAGAAGCGCGCAUCCCGCGACCCAUGAACGCGUUCAUGGUCUGGGCCAAGGAUGAGAGAAGGCGUCUGGCCAAACAGAACCCAGAUCUGCACAAUGCUGAGCUCAGCAAGAUGCUAGGCAAGUCUUGGCGCGCGCUGACCCCGGAGAGCCGGCGCCCGUGCGUGGAGGAGGCAGAGCGGCUGCGCUUGCUGCACCUGAGCGAGCACCCAGACUACAAGUAUCGCCCGCGGCGCAAGAAGCAGCCCAAGCGCCUCCCGCACAGCGCCAAGCGAGGUGGCGGUGGUGGUGCUCAGCCAGGAGCAGGGGGCCCGGGGGAUGGGACCCGGGUGUCUGGGGGCCCCGCUUCCCUCUCCUCCCUGCCGCCUCCUCUGCCGCCGGGGUUCGGCCACCGCGAACGGCGGCACCAGCAGCAGCAGGGCGUGGUGCACUACCGCGAGCUGCAGCCGGCGCCGCUGCACUACACGCAGCAGCAGCAACGGGCGCCAUGUGGGCUGCCCACCCCAGAGCGCUCCCCUCCCGCGGACGACUCCAGCUCGGCGUCGUCGCCCGCAUCGUCCGUCUCGUCCUCGUCCGCGUACCCGCCGACAAUGUACCUGGGCUCGCACCUUCACCCUGACUACUACGCUACCGCUGCAGUGGAGAACGGGUACCCAGCCGCUGAGUUGGCCGUCCCCGCGCCGCUGUAUGGAUACCACCAGCUCGGGGCCUGCAGCGGCAGCGGCAGCUACCAGGGCCAGGAGGUGGGGGCCUCCAGCCAGCAGAUCCACGCAUCUCCGUACCACGGCGGCGGUAGCGGUGGUGGGGGCUCUGCGCACUGUGCCCUCUAUGCGCUGCAUGGAGUGGGGACCGACCCGACUUCAUUCAGCUUCGGGCAGCCCUCGCCUCCGCCGGAGCCACCCAGGGCCUCCCACUCGCAGGUGCUGGAGGUCCUGGAGCCGUUCGGCCAGUACCUGGAGGAGGUGGAUCGCAGCGAGCUGGACCAGUACCUCAUGCUGGCACCGUGCGCGGAGGUGGCGGUGUCGUCCAGCUGCUCCACACCAAUCCAAAAUUCCACUUCCUCCUCCACCUGCCUCUCCGGAGAGUCCAACCUCAUCUCGGCUCUCUCCAGCGCCACGGCAGUGUACAACAACUAUUACAGCUAGCGGAGGCAGGCAACAGCGCGUCUCCCCCACCCCCUACCUGUGGCGUAGCGGAACGGUCGGCCACAGGAUGCCACAGUGGCCUUAGUUUGUGGUUUCUAGGGAUUGAUGAUGAAUGCGAGGUGUGGUUUUGAGGAUCCCUCCACCACCCUCCUGCAUGAGUCCUUUUCUGAAACGCACGCAAUCAGCACGAGAUGCGCAAAGACGUUUUUUCGCACGGGACCUACGAGUUGCUUACACGUAUGCAAAAUAACACAAUCACGGACACUGGUGGUGGUGUCACGAAGCCAACUUUGGCGAGAUUUUGAGUGUUUAAUCCAAUGCGUGGCUUUUGUCCUAGCGGGGUGGGCCUGUGUAAACAUUAGUAGACUCGGAUUUAUUAUUUUAAAGAUGAUUGAACUUGCCAAAAAUGUGGGUUCGAGCUGCUCCUUACAUUUCCAUUCUCUCGUUUAAGAUUCCUCACCUUGGCCAAAUUCCUCUUCCUUACCCAUACCAGCACAGCCAACAAAAUCCUAACGCUGUUGUCAAUUCACCUUUUUUUAUUUUACAGGCAUGCGCGUACCGUUUAGUAUCCACGUUUUUAUCACCAAUUUCCGUUCAGCAUAUCUAUUCAAAUAUAACUUGUUAAAAUUGCCACAACGCUGCGCUCGUAAGUUUCCGUCGUGCCCAACGUGAAUUUAGGCCCGAGGCUGUGGAGCCCUGGUGCAGGUGCUGUGCAUUAAUCAUUCAGGGCGCAACAUCUGUGCAUGCGCGCGCGCCUCCGUCUCCUAUCUCUCUCUCUCUCGCUUCCCGAGUACCGUGAAAUGGGAUUGGUGGGGGGUGGGUGGUGGUGUUGCUUGGAUGACAGAAAAUGCCCUGCCCCUUAGCUGUUGGCCUGACCAUCGCAUGGCAGCGGGCGAGGUAAAAUAUUGAUGAGGCCUCGUCACGUGUGGGAACGAGGUGAACGAGACGAAGAGGUGUUGGCGUUGUUGUUGUGACCCCCCCCCCCACGCCCCACCCUCGAUGUCUGUGGACUGUGGCUUGUUGACGCGGACAGCUGUGGAGGGGGCAAACUGCGUGCGUGUGCGGCGGCUUGUUGUUUGUUGUUUUGUGUGGGGGUUUGUGUUUAACUUUGUUUUUAAACGCGGUUUUUGUAAUCCACCUGGUAGUGGUGGUGUAGCGUGUUCGACACCCAAGCACGAAAAACAAUCUCUUGUUGGGCCAGGGUUAUCGACACGACCAUUGUUUUUUUUUGUCUUUCAUUUACAAAACUUCCAAGUUGGGUUUCUUUCCCCCCCCCCCCACCUUAAAAAAAAAACACACAGGAUGUAUUUGUGACUGGAAUUUGGCCACAAUCCUCUCACAAAGCAGCAAAAUGUUUUGUUGGGGAGAGUUGUAGGUUUUUUGUGUACUGCAUUUGAAAACUCCGUCCGUUCCCGUGGUGUUGUUCCUCAUAACCAACCAGAGUGUGGUGUCAGACGGGCUGCCAUCAAGAUCUCCUUAAACGCUUUGUGUAUUGCUGGUAUGUAUUGUAAUGCAAUUAGUUUUCUCCGACUCGAGCCCUGUGCCAAAGAGGAUUGUUUUGGGUAAAUGUUUUGGCUCUCACCGCUUUCUGUUGAAAUUGCGUGUACAAUUUUUUUUUGCCACGUGGUGUGUAUGUGUGCAUGUUUACGGAGUGUGGUCUGUGGUGGGAGGGAGGUGGGUCUGUACACACCAAAGGUCUUUCUUCAUAUGCAACAUGCGAGACCAACUUUAAAAUGUAUACCGCGUGUAUGUGGAGGCAGCCUCUUAAUACAACUCUCUGGGCUGGGGAGGGCGAUAUACACGGAAUCCGGUUCAACGUCGCCUAUUUAUACUUGUACUAGCGGGAAGUGCCCAGCGUUGCCCAGGCAAAAAAGGCAGACGCGCACAUCGACCUGCACACAUUUGCAGACAUUGACCCACACACAAAGACAUCGCCUUAUACACAGACACACACAAAGAAAAGGAGUUACACACUCACAUGGAACCACGCACACAUCGACUCUCGCACACACACACAUGGACCCUGAGACACACACAUCGACUAAUGCACACUCGUAUAGCCUCACAUUAACAGGCAUCGACUUUAGAUACACUCGCACGUGCAGCUACACGCACACAAAGAAAAGUUCUUAAACACUCGCAUGGAGCCACACGCACAUCGGCUAAUGCACACAAAGACAUACGGACUCGCGCACACACACAGGCAUCGACUUUAGAUACGCACACAUGCAGAGACAUACAGACACAUCGACGCGCGCGCACACAAAGUGAUUGACUUACACAGUGAAAUGGAGCUUCACAAACACACAUCGACUGAUACACGGACGUAGACACACGCACAUGGUGGCAGACACGGACAGGGACUCGCGCGCACAAGGAUCUAGAGGCAAUUUAGAAUAUAUAAGUAUAGAUCAACGAAAUGUAGAAAUCGUAGUAGUCGGCACCCAAACAUGAUUGUAAUAUUUGUAAGGUGAAUCUUUAAAAUGCAGGGUUCUAGCAACGUUAGUCGGACACACAAAAUAGUAAUAAUGGGCAAGGGCUUUAUAAAGUAUUCGGUGUGAGUACACACAAAGUUUGACUAUUUCCAAGGUGAUUUUUUUUUUAAUGGCAGGUUUGUAAUGUACGCGAGUUUAGCGAAAGAAGCAAGGAAGAUGAAUACUAAUUUUCUGCACAAACUUUUCUAAUGUAAUGUUUGGAAGGUGAUCAUUGAAAGCAUAGGUUACAAUGUACGAGAGUUUAGCGAAGGAAGCAAAGAAUAGAACUGUCAGUUGUCUGCACACAAACGGUAUAAACGUAAUAUUUGCAAGGUGGUGAUAAAAGACGUAUGUUUCUAAUGAAGGCGAGUUGACACAUUAAAAAAUAUAAUAAUGACCAAGUGAAUUUCAAAAUAUUAAUUGUAGGCAGUCAAACAAAAAUAGCUGUCUGCACACAAACGUAGGCAAUGUAAUAUUAGGAAGGUAAUUAUAAAAAAAACCGGGGUUGCUAUCAAGGUGAGGUUAGGGAAAGAAUAAAAGGAUAUUGUGUCUAAACAUUGGCGUGAUGAGGCCUAGUCUCGUGCAGAGCCCUCGGCCUCGCCUAGUUUUUCCAGUCGGGCGUGGUGUGUUGGCAGGCUGGGGGCUGGGCUGCCCCCCCUCCCCCCGCGCUCCAAUAAUACAAUGGAAGCGCUAUAAUAGGAAUAUAUCGGGGCUCUAUAAUAGUUUGAGGACGCAUUGGGGUGGGGAGAAGAGGACCUCGCACUGUGAAGAAAUAACGGAAGUGUUUGUGUACUUUUGCUACAUGUUUAACGUGAAUGAAAAUUUGUGCCGAUCGUGUGUGCGUUGCUCAGGGACAACCCCUGUCAGCAGUGCAAAGUGUAAUUUGAGAUAUGUGUGUGACUUGGCCUGUAGAGUGUGCAGGCGAAAAAAGAAUGCCUCGCACCUCCGGCGAUGGCGCGUGUGGACUGCUAGGGGCUAACCUAGUGGGCGUUGUGCGCAAGUGCAGCCUGCUGCGUUGUCACUCCCCGAGUGGCGAACGGAAAUAAGGGCAAAAGUAAUAUUUAAAUAAAGAUAAAUCGCAAACAAAUGCUAUUUAAACUAAUGAAAAGGUAUUGGACGGGAAAACGGAAUAGCGCUUGCCCAGCGCGGGGCUUACGGCGUGGUACCUGGCAAAAAUGUGUUCACAUAAACCCCACCGUUUGAGAGCCAAAUCCCUCGCAAGCGCACGUGCACAGACAGGCAGACGGAAAGACAAAACAUACUUAUAGGUUAGAAGAUAACCCAUCGUAAGUUGCCCAAUGGAAGUUACUACUUAAACGACUUUUAUUCUUUUUACGUUGACAUCACUUUCAAACAACUUUUUCAUCUUUCUGAAUGCUAUUGGUGCCGAUGCACAAUUUAUUGUGGAGGCAACCGUCAAACGCGUUUUUUUGUAUUUAUUUGCUCGGACUCGAAACGUGCCCGGUGGUGGUUGUAGUUGUGGUGGAUGCCAUGCGUGAUUUUUAUCCAAUUACGCAAGACUGGCAACGUGGAGAUGCUACCGUCGACGCGCGGUUUUCCACGCCCGUCAUCUUUUGUCAGUUUGAAGGCAGAUCUUGCCUUCCACAUUCGCCUUGCCUGUACGCACCCACCGCAUCGCAACAUCCUUCCUUGCAUGACGCUUGUGUACAGUUUCACCAAGCAGGUGUUUUUUUGCCAUUAUCACCAUCGUGCGAAAAGCCACACUUGUUUAUAUAUUAUGAUAAUAUUUAAUUGCGCUGAAAUGCUGUUUGUGUUAGCCACGUUGUGCGGCGCACGUGUGCUGUGGUGGUUUUUGGGGGAUGCGUAAAUAAUGAAGGCUGCGUUGGUAGUGCCAUGACCACUGAAGGAGGGAAACCCCCUCCCUCCGGUGUACUGCGAGCGAGAGGCGCCAACGUGCUGUUGGCAUCGGCCAUUGUGGGGGGCCCACACGGAGCGACGCAGUGUGCGUGGUUCGGCCCGGCGGUCGUGCGACUUUGUGCAUGUGGGGUUGGGGGGGGACGUGUAUUUUUUAUAUAUAUAUAUAAAGAUCUGUAAUUUCACACACUCACUUUUUUUGUCGAGAUUUUUUUCUAUAGUGUCGGUUUCGCGGAGCUUCCUUUCCCGCAGCUGCAGUAUUUAUCACUUCUCUUCCUUCCUCGGGCCCGCGGAAUGCCUCCGUUAUCUUGACCUCUCCCGGUGGCGGUGUGGCCUCCUCCCCUCAGACGGUGGAGGCGGCGCGCUGAUGGGGAUUAGAUUUGGAAUCUCCCGUUCCUGUUGGUGCUGCGUCGGUAGCCACCCUCGCGCAUCUCCAAUGCACGCUCCAAAACAUAUUCUGUAUGGCGUUGCGCGGCCGUACUUAAUUGCCCCGGGGGGGGUAACAAUUAUUGGGAAAAACCUGGAAGCGUUUUUGGGCCUCACCCUGCUGAUGAUAAUUGUAGUUGUUGAAACUUGCUCGGUGCUCUAUACUAACUGUUGAGGGGGGGUGGGGACAACAAAAACUUAGAUGCACAUUUUAGCCACAAACCCGACCCUUUCCCCUGCAUUGCCCUCCAAUCUGCCGAGAAGGCAUUUUGUACAAUACUGCUCCGUUGUAGGCUGUCGGCAUUUCGCUAAACGCUGCAAGGGUCGUGGGGUUGGUUGAUUGCAGCAAGAGGCCGUGUGUCUCGGGUACUAUGUACGUGACCAGCCCUUUUGUCAAUCCACUUUUAUGGGUGAUGGGGCAUUGACUGGACUCUUAUUUUUACCAGGUAAGGCCCACUGAGCUAUAUCGCUUUUUCUCAGCAGUGACCUGGCCAUAUGAUAUCUCACCAAAGUGCAUUUUUAACGUGGAAAUUUACAGCAGCCAAAUACUCUAAGUGCACAUUGAUUCUAAAUGUAGAGGGCGGGGAAACAUGAAUACCAGGAGAAAACAUCCACUUGCCACCAGAACAUGCAAACUCCAAAUAUACAAGUGUCAGGGUCGGCAUCGAACCCACACACUCCUAUAUACCAGGCGAUGGAAUUGGCAUUUCGCCACCGUGGUGGAUAUUUUACCACUUUAUCAUGCUUGUCCAUUGUGGAAUGGUGAAGGUGGGAGCAUACGCUUCGGAGUAUUGAAGUAAAGUACAACUGGAUUUUUUUCUACGUUUCUCAUUUGCAUACUGCUUUUGCCGAUGACAAUCUGUCCAUUAUGGUUGCCCAUCCAAGUGUUAUCGAGACGCAACUUUGCUUGGCGAUCUGUAGCCGAGAUUGGUGAUUUGGUCCUGGGAUGUGUUCAAGACACGAACGUUAGUGUAAAAGUCCCACUCAAUUUGUAUCGUAAUCUCUGCGUUUGUGUGGAGGUCAGAGUCUCGAUUCAAAGCGCUACCCAGCAUGCUGUGCUGUCCACCCUGUCACUUCUUAAUAUGUUUUGUACUGUCCCACAAUCGCAGUUAUGAACCAAACAACGCCAACACGUGCACAAUAAAGCACACUCGCCGGCACAAAGUUGUCCUGAACGGCAAACAUGAGCGGAAUCCCCAGCAUGCUUGGCGUGUCAAGGUGACAUCCUGCUCGUAAACAUUCUACCCUGCGGAGUCUUUGGAAUGGCCGCUGGGUCAAGAGAGCCGAGAUUGUGGCAUCUUUAAUUUGGUAGCAGAACGUAUUCUUCCUUUACGGGUAAUGUAGAAUGCAGAGCAACAAACUACAAUUUCGCAUUCAGGUGUUCAAGCCCAGAUAGCCACAGCAGAGUGUAUCGCCGUGAUGUAUCUCCGUAUUUGUGGAUGGGCGCAUUGCGUCAUACGUUUUUUAGGCUCCGUUCUGGAUGACCACAGUCGCACACUUGCAGGGUUUAUAAUUUUCCCAUGUGUGCAUCGGGUAACCACAUUUGCCAUGGUUUCGUGCAGUGGAUGCGGUUUAGGGUAGACCAUGAGCUUGGUGGAAGAUCAAAACACGGAUCUUAUGCUGCGUUGGGUCUUUCCCAGCGUGCUGUUCGUGAGGUUCUCUUGAAUUCCAUUCAGCUCAAAUUAAUGGAGUUCAAAUUGCACAAAUGAAGGUAAUGAAACGAUGUACCCAUUUCCUGAUAUGUAGGAAUCAUUUGUAUAGUGUGGCCAUUUACUGCUUAAAUGUGUGUAUAUACCGUGCGCACGUACAUUAACGGACACUUCUGUAGCGGCGUGUCGGUGACUGUCUCCACAGCUGAUUGUGUUUGGCACCUCCAGAUGAUUGUAAAAUUCAGGAAUUGAACAACUCCAACGUCCCGCCCAUCAUCAAUGUACCCUUCAUAUUGCGUGCGCCCCCCCCCCCCCCCAUGCAGUGGGGGGGGGGGGGGAGCAGAUCACGUAUAUAAAAUGUGUGGUACACCCUCCUCUACCCGACAUGGCCAAUCAAUGAAGUUGUCACGUGAUGGACAAACGUGCUCCAAUGUCCAUAACAGGUUUUUAUUGGGUUAGAUUGUGUAAAUAUAAAUGUGUCGUUAAACCCGCCACCACCCUACACGGCCAAUUAGUAAAGUUUUUAACGUAAACAGAACCAGAUGUGUUGCUGCCGCCUGAUGAAGUUGGUUGUAAUUGUUUGCGAAACGUCGAACUAAAAUUGUAAAUGUUAUGGAUUUACUCUCCAACAUCGGUGUGCUAUACUAGCAGCGAAUUGGCAUGUUCUGUUCACGUGACAAACAUUACUAAUUGGCUGUCGGGUGGUGGCGGGAUUAACAAAACAUUUACGCGACCUAACCCAAAAACGUUAUGGAUAAUCUUGGUCGCGAAAGCCGACGUGUUUUAAACGUGCUAUUAAUGUGUUACUGUUUGAGCUCCCCAACACGAGUGGUGUGCUGAAGAGGUAAACAAUAUGCAGAUAUGUCCUUACCUAAAAUCAAUAAUA